AGCAGCACAUUCAGUGCUCAUUGCUUCACAAACUUUGCAGUGUUCUUCCAGCAGUUCGACGAUUUGCAAGCUAGAAGUACAGAAAUGUCUGCCAAGAAACGAGAUAGGAAAUACUGACGGACUGAACUCCACUGCCCGCAGCGAUCCUGACCAAAGAAAUAAUUAUGUCGCUGUCGUCGCCGUCAUCAUCAUCAUCAGUACCACGACGGACUCCGGAAUUGACGCUAUAAAAAUAUGAGCAGUUGACAAGCACAGAUGUGGGCACCAAGAAUGAAUAAACCGAUCGACCCAGUGUGCGCGGCAGCUCGCAAGAUCAGUGAGUACGGAGUGAGGGGAAAGUGGAGGGGAGGGGAUCCGGAGAAAAAUCUGACGGGAGAGAACUCCGGGAUUCCGGGCGGUACGUUUCGCUCCGGGUCGCGCCUCGUUUGCCUCACACAACCUCGCCACCGCCAACCGGUAAACAUUUUUAUACCAUUUAGAAGAAUCGUUAGUUCUUUUCCCCUGUUGUAGCCUUCCUUUGACGACAGUUACAACUUUGUACCCAUGACCUGUACUAUAAGACGACUUCGUGUAUUAGUUAUGUGUGUCGUUGGUUUGUUCUGUGGUUGGUGCUGUUUGGUUGACGACAGUGGUUAAAUCCUGGCAUCUGAGUCUGACUCGUCCGUCAAUCGUCACGUCUGCAUCUGGUCUGUUGUUCCACGUAAGCACUGCCAAAACUUCGCUGUGAAGGUUCAACAUAUCUUCAACUCAAUUUAUAACUGAUUUAUAUUUUUAACUGCUUUAAAAGAACAUACAUCUGGAUCUUAAGGCGUGUUUGAACUUUCUUCUUAAGCCAGUCAUGAAAUUUUAGGCAUAUAAAACUCUUUCCUGCAGGUCCUAAGCAAAAUAAUCUAGCCACACCGUUGAAAGUACGGAUCACUUAACCCGUUUCUCUGUAAAUGAAUCAAGUUCUUAUUUAGUAAAAUUAAUUUUCUUUAACUCCAGCUCCAUCAAUCACAGUUUUAAUCGAUUCGGAAACCAUCACUUGACGCACUCACUGAGUAGUAACAUUCUCGUGCACUCACGACUUCAUCCUCUGAACCAGUUCUACCUUAAACCUUCUAACAUCUUCAAAGGAGAAUAUUGUUUCUCUACAACUGAUUUUUUGUUUUUCACCCGUUCAGUUCAAACGCCCUUUGUGUACAAAGAGCAAAGUGAUGUGGUGUUUCAUGAGAAAGUUGAAAAAAUAAAUCAACGAAGGAACUGUAUUUGAUGCAUGUGGGAAGUAGAGAAGAAAUACAUGAGAUUUCAGUGCGCGAGACAAAAGUCUGAAGCCAAGAAAUACUUGUCCAGAAAUUUCACACAUAAUAUAAUAGAACUCCAUGAAACUUCAGUAGCACUGAUACGAGACACCCCUGACGUUUCGGCAUCGCUCACGCAUUCUCCAUUUAUGGAGGAGCAAUGAAGCUACUGAGUUCUGGGGCCACCAAUCACACUGUCCCCAGAUACAGUCUUCUAUAGCACCUGAAUCUCCGGGAGAACGCGACCCAGUGAGAGCGAAUCUAGCAAGAGAAUCACACUUACAGUGGUACACCUUUCAUUAUGGGUAACUCUGAAUCUACCGGUAGCCCAAGUUUGUUAUUCAGUUUGCUCAAGACUUCUCUCAUUUGGAUAAGAAAAGAGAAUAAACAAUGAAGAAUUAAACUGAAGACUGAAUGCGUGACCUUACAGAUUCUCUGAACAUCAUAAAAUGGCAGAAGCAGAAGACUUUGGUUGAACUGGUCUUACUAUUUUCAAUAUUAUUUACAGUGUCUUAGACAAAGUUGAUAAAAAGUGUUGAUACUAAGCGUUUCCAUAUGCUUCAACCCGUGUUGUGACAAGUAGAAGGUGAAUCUAUUUUCGAGAACACUUAAACACGCUCUCUUCGAAAAGGUUUAAUGAACAAAUGAAUACGGAUUUUACAUUAGAUACCAAAUAUUACUGUUUUACUCUUCAUAUACAAAUUUGUUGCAUAAAGCAACGCGAAUUGUUUAUAUUUAUAUAUAUUUCUUUAUUUACGGACCAUAGGUAACAUGCAACAACACAUUCGUCUAUCAUUUAGCUCUUUGUGGAAAAAUUAUCUAUAUAUUUUUUAUUUUAUAAUCAGUGAGCUGGUAUUAUUGUCCGAACUGUACAUAACAUUUUGAAACAAAAUCAAGUUCUAUCAUCUGUGCUAUGGAGAAGUCAGUGGGAAGACAAUGUCGUUAUGAAUCAUACCAUCAACAAACACAUGAACAGAAGAAUAAGAACAAGACUGCGUCUCUCAAGAGAAAUCAACAGUUGGAUGAGAAUUCCGAACACAGCGGCCGUUGUCUGUGUUUUGGGAGGAAAAACGGUGGUUGUGCCCAGGGUGUGUUCAGCAAUUUAGGAAUAUGUGCUCUGUUAGUAGGAUAUACUUUGUUGGGAUCUUUUGUGUUUCUUGCCAUAGAAGGCGGUGGAAGUGGUAGUUCUAGCGCCCAUUAUCACAGACCCUCCACAUCAUUAAUAGCAGUGACUUCAAACAUCGAUAAUCAGAAAAGACCUCAGGGCCAGAACUCUUCACAGGACACAGCUGUGCCUACGUCGUCGUGGUUGAGGCGUGUGGCUGACGAGUCCCGUGCGAGGACGGUUGAAAAUAUCUGGGACAUAACAGUGUCAUUAAAUAUCCUUUAUCGGGAUAACUGGACUCGCUUGGCUGCCCAGGAGAUAUCAAAAUUUCAGGAUCAACUCGUGCAGAGGCUGGCCGAGGAAUUGACGAUGCAACAUCACGGAGCGGUGUCGCCUGGUGUCGGAAGGGACCAGCAGAUGCAGGAAAGACGUUCGUCGUCGACGUCUUACGAAUGGAACUUUGCCAAGGCGUUCUUGUAUUCUCUGACGGUGUUAACAACUAUCGGUUAUGGGAACAUCGCCCCGCGAACUGCUUUGGGGAAGGCAGUGACGAUGGGGUACGCGGUGUUCGGAAUCCCGCUGAUGCUGAUCUACUUGUCGAGUGUGGGUAGUCUUCUGUCCCGGUGUGUUCGAGGAGUAUUCUCUCGCACCGUCUGCUGCUGUUUCUGCUCAAACUGCGGUUAUUGCUGCUAUGAUGAGAAGAGAAUGCAGGAGAAAGAACGUCGCAUGAAGAAGAAACGUCAGCAAAUUGAAUUACAACAGCAGCAACUUCAGCUUCAAGAGCCGUUCUACGUUAGGUCUUCAUCGUCAGUAACAGCUUUCACAACGUCGGCAAGCAGCACACACAAUAAUCUGCAUUCCCCAGUCCGCGAUGGGGAGGUGACGAAAUUGCAGCAAUCAUCUUCCAUCCUAGGAGAAACCGACUACGGUACUGACAACCUCGAUAAUGACAGGAAGAGCCUGUCAAAACAGUACCACAGUGCUGGCAGCAUUCUGGCUCCUGUGCUUCUGUGUCUGUGUAUUAUGGUGUGCUACAUAUUCGGCGGAGCUGUUGUACUCACAAGACUAGAAGCAUGGACAUUCCUUGACGGCUCAUAUUUCUGUUUCAUGAGCCUAAGCACAAUUGGUUUCGGAGAUUUAGUUCCUGGUGGAAUGAUCUCUUCAGCCAGUAGGAACUCUAGUGUUCGAUCUGUAGGCAGCUAUGCAAGCGGUAAUGGAACAGUAUGGUUCUGUUCGUUUUAUAUUCUAAGUGGGAUGGCUUUAACAGCGAUGUGUUUCAAUAUUCUUCACGACGAGAUUGUUCAUCGCCUUAAACAUCACGUGAGGCAUUCUCUGCUCCACUACAAGGAUUCGUCAUCUAAAGGUAGUAAUAAUAUUUUAGAAGAUGCAAAUGGUGGUGAUCCUUACUCGACAUCGUCCUGACAUCUCCAACACCAACGUCAACC